AUGCCUUCGCUAUUGGAAGCGAUUGAACGAAAAUACUUCUCCGAUUGCGACGACAAUCGGGAGGAGGAGGAAGCAAAAGACAAAGAUGCGGAUGCAGCAGCUGGACCCGGUACUAAUCGAUUGGUUUCCAUAUUCAUUCCUAGGCUACCGCCUCUGCAGUGUGUGCCUGAACUUUUGGUGCUGAACGACUGCGACAUUGACUGUGCGGGCGAUUUCGAAAGCAUCAAAGACAAAUGUCGCCGCGUGCGCGAACUCGAUUUGGCACAGAACAAACUACAGGACUGGCACGAAGUAUUCCAGAUUGUGGAGCACAUGCCGCGCAUAGAAUUCCUAAACCUGAGCAAGAACAACCUCAGUAACCCACUGACUAAGUUAUCCGCUCCACCCAUAACCAAUCUGAGAGGCAUCGUCUUGAAUGGCACCUACUUGAACUGGGAGAGUAUUGACGUCCUGCUCGAGAAUCUGCCAGUAUUGGAGGAGUUGCAUUUAAGUUUGAAUGACUACAAAGAGGUGCUCAUCGAUACUGCCGAACUUGCCACCGCCGACCUUGAAAAUAGUGAUAAUUGCAAGUGCUGUGAUUCCAAGGAGUCUUCCCACGCCAAGAAAUACAAGAAAAUCUCUCCCCAUAAAGCAUUGAGAACCCUGCAUUUUACCGGCAACCCUGUUGAGCAGUGGCCCGAAAUUUGUCGACUGGGUAGAAUUUUUCCGUGUAUGGAAAAUUUGGUGCUGGCCGAUUGUCCCAUACGGGCCAUUGAGUUCCCCGAAAAGCUGGAUAACUCCACAAUAACCGAUGCCACUGACGACGACGAUUUGCCCCAGAAGCACUUCCCCAACCUUCUGUUCCUCAAUCUCAGCUAUGCCUCUAUAAACACCUGGGACGACAUAGAUCGUUUGGCCACAUUUCCCAAGCUGAAAAAUCUUCGAGUGAAAAACUGGCCGCUCUGGGAUCGGCUGGAAUGUACCGAGCAUGAAAGGCGACAAUUGCUCAUAGCACGUCUGCCGAAUGUGGCCAUUUUAAAUGGAGGUGGUGUCAUAACACCCGACGAACGCGAGGAUGCCGAAAGGGCAUUCAUCCGCUACUACAUGGACAAACCAGAAAGUGAACGGCCCAAACGUUACCUCGACCUAGUUGCAAAACACGGCAAGCUGGACCCCUUGGUCAAUAUCAGCCUCAAGCCCGAUAAACGUGUCAAAAUUAUCCUCACAUAUGGCGAUAAAUCCGAAUCACGUCAUGUCGACUUAUACCGCACCGUUGCCGACCUCAAAGUAAAGCUCGAGAAAAUCAUCCCUUUGUCCGCCAAUAAAAUGCGUCUCUACUACUUGGACCAAGACUACAGGGAAUUCGGGCCCGAGGAAAUGCGCUAUCCCAACAAGCUGCUAUAUAGCUAUAACAUACAGGCCGGUGACGAAAUCAUUGUCGAUGAAAAGAAAUGAAAA